AUGAGAUUUGGCACCGGCACCAGCGACUCUGUCUCUGCAUCGACCGCUUCAGAUGCUUUCUUUGACAUACGUGUCAACCUACGUUUCUCCAUCAAGGUAGCAUUCGGCUAUGAGUGCAACGAUUUUGACUAUUUCCAAUAUUAUCGCUUCCAGCAUGCUGACAUUGUCGACGGGGAGCAUGGUGAAGUUUCGUUACAAAAGCUGCUGGAUGUGCUAGAAAAAGAAUCAGGGAGGAAGCCUGCGCCGCCAUUUACGUACGAGGACAAGGAAGGUGACGAGAUCUCUGUCAACUCUAGUCGAGCGUUACAUGAUGCAAUUGACCAAUUCCUGGACCAGCCUUGCUUGGUGCUUCGUGUCAAUGAAUACGCACCUAACAAUUCGAACAGCUGUCACGAGAUAAGUGAGGCAGAAUCUGAGGGUUCACGGUUGAUACGACAACUGAUGAAACCAAGCCCCCGAGAUCCGGUGUGGUGUCAUGGCAUCUUUUUUGAAAGAGGAGAUGUGCUGGCGCACUUGUUCAAUAGGUUCAGGGAUCAUGUCACAGAGACUGACGCUCCUCGUUGUGUAUCGAUAGAGGGAAGAGGCAGCAUGCUGCACUGGAAAUACGAGAUCGAUGAACUGGACGUUGUCAGUGAAUGGCUCGCCAUCGAUGGUAUCUACUUGUAUCCCACAUUGGAACCCACCGCCCCUUAUGACUUGCUGAUCCCAAGAGAAACAUACCAGAUGCUCAUCUAUUCAGCUGGUUCGCGUGCAAUCAAAGGUAGCUGGUUCUCACCGAACCUGUACAAGGCCACUACGCUGUUCAAGUCGCAGCGUCUACCGAUUGUUGUGUUGUUCAAUGGAGAACCUUCGCUUUCCUCCUCAAAGCAGAUCACACCGCCGAAAGAUGUGUGCAAGAUCACGGGACUCUGUAGGAUGACAGUGGCGGGUGAAGAGGCAAGGCUGGAAUUGGUGAUUGCACUUAAAUAUAAUGCCAUUCAGAGCACCUCGAUUAACGGUGUAAUAUUGGGUGUGCCAAGUGUACCUGGAGGUAAGACCGAACAAGGCAAUGGCUCGGCCUUCAGUCCUCCUACAACUGAGACACAACCUGGUAGUGGAACAAGUGCGGUGAAGGCAGCAACCAAAGCUGUAUACAAUGGUACGAAGACAAAUACUCCUGCAGAUGAAGCCUUCGUUGCACUGUUCAGGGCCUUGUGAAAUGUAUUCGGCCUUUACCCGAUCAUCUUCUACAACCGAACCGUACCACGAGCAACAUUGAUUUGUCUUGGCCAGGCAAGCCAUAUUAUUAUUCGGUCCCUCUUGUAUGGACCUCUGGAUCCUUUGUUUCUUCUGAGUCGAUGUUGUGCAAUCAGAUAGCAAAUAAAUAAUGAGCUACCCAGUGCCUUAGUGCAUGGUCUCUCCCGGAAAGCUUAUUGGAUGGCACGGGUGGACUAGCUAGCUGCCGGUACCGUUUUUUGUGG